UCAGUGUUUCAAAACACCGCCAGUCAAAUUCGCAAGUUUUGUUUGCUUUCUGAAAGAAAUGUGGAAAUACGGACAAAACCAAGGAAACCCGGGACCGGCUGGCGCUGGAGGAGCCGGCGGUGGCCCCAACAUGAUGCCCAUGGGCGGCUUUGGCAUGCAGCACGGGAACAUGCAGCAGAUGCACAUGUCGCCGCAGCACCAGCAGCAACAGCAACAAAUGGGCAUGAUGGGCGGCGUUCCAGGCGGCAUGCAGAUGAAUCCCCAGGGCGGAGGCCCCGGCGGCCUGAUGCCGGGCAUGUCGCCGCAGCACCAGAUGCAGCAGCAGCAGCAGAUGAUGCAGCAGCAGAUGAUGGGACCGCAGCAGGGAGUCGGCGUGGGAGUCGUGGGAAUGGGCGGCGGCGUAGGCAUGGGAGGCGGCAUAGCCCCUCAGCAGCAACAGCAGCCGCAGAACCUUCCGCAGCAGAAUAUUCCCCAGCAGCAGCAACAACAACAACAGCAGCAACUCAACCCAGGACCGGGCAUUGCAUCCGGCGGCUCCGGGGGAAACAACAAUAUGCUGGCCAUCUCCCAGCAGAACCCGCACAAGGAGAUAAACAUUGUUCAGCUGUCGCGCCUCGGUCAGGAGACCGUCCAGGACAUUGCCUCGCGCUUCCAGGAGGUCUUCUCCGCCCUGAAGAACAUCCAGCCUACGUCGCACCGGGAUAAUAACUCGGAGAAAAAGGUUCAGGAGUACUUCCGCACCAUCCGGCUGCUUUUCAAGCGAGUCCGCAUCAUCUACGAGAAGUGCAACGACGCCGGCAUGGAUUAUAUGAGCGCGGAGAGCCUGAUUCCCUACCGGGACGAGCCGGAACCAAGGAUCGAGCCCUCGCAGUGCGAUGAGUACCGGAAGGUGCUGCAGGAAAACCACGAGCUUAUAGAGACGGUUAAGCUUAAGAACCGGCAGCUGCGCGAGAUCAUCGACAGGACCCGUAUCAUCAUCUGGGAGAUUAACACCAUGCUGGCCAUGCGCAGGUCGUAGGUUCCAUAGACACUAGAAAUGUAUUAUAAUUUGAAUAAAAACAUUGCCAACAAAAGUA